AUGGCCAUUGUCAAGCUAUCAACGUGGCAGCACUACAUCGCCGCAGCUAUUUUGAUACACUUGUGCCUACAAGCAGUGGAUUGUGGGCUUAUAUCUGAGCAAGGAGAACGCAUUGCUUGUGUCAGUCCAACUUUGAUAAAACGUUACAAUCUAAAUACUCAGCUGUAUCAGUACUGCGACCAUCUGGCGCGAAAUGUAUCUACAGCGCAACAGCGACGCUUACGACGCGACAUCAAGCCUAUUUUUGCUGGGCAUCCUAAGCCGCGCGGUGAAGUGCUGGCCAACAAGUUUCAUAUGAGUAUUUCGAAUAGUGAUCAAACGGACUCGCUAGUGCGACUUAUCAAUAAAAUCGCCAGUGAAUAUCUGUACAAAUGUCCACCAGUUAUCUACUAUGAUAGUUUUGUAGAGAAAUCAGACAAUAUGAUAUUGGCGAGUCUUUUUAAGACCUUUCCCAUCAGCUUUUAUCACGGCGAAAUAAAUAAAAAUUAUCAGGCUAUUAAUCCGCGUCUUAAGCGACACAACGACAAUCAAUGUAAGAGUUAUAUACUUUUUCUCUCGGAUCCGCAAAUGACACGGAAAAUUAUUGGACCACAAAUUGAAAGUCGCGUUGUACUGAUCGCACGUUCCUCACAAUGGAAGCUGCGAGAUUUUUUGGCAUCAGAACCCUCCUCGAAUAUUGUGAAUUUGUUGGUCAUACGCGAGUCACUGACUGAAGAUCAAAUGGGGGAACGCCCCUACGUACUCUACACGCACAAACUAUACACUGAUGGUUUGGGUUCCAACACACCCAUUGUGUUGACUAGUUGGAUGCGAGGUGCACUCUCGCGCCCACAUGUCAGUCUCUUUCCACCGAAAUUUUCCAAAGGUUUUGCUGGACAUAGUUUCCAAGUGACGACGGCUAAUCAACCGCCUUUUAUAUUUCGUAUACAAAAACUAUCCAGCGGCGGCACUACGAGCACCAAUUGGGAUGGCGUCGAAUAUCGUUUGCUCAACUUGAUUGCAUCGAAGCUCAAUUUUACACUGGAUAUAAUUGAAGCACCGAACCGAGCAGAUAGCAAUAGUGUUUCCGAUAAUAUAGAAUUGCAAAUUGCACGGCGAGCUGCUGAUAUCGGCAUGUGUGGACUGUAUAUUACCGAGGAGCGACUCACAGAGACCGACAUGUCAAUUGGGCAUUCACGCGAUUGUGCCAGCUUUAUUACGCUUGCCUCGAAAGCAUUGCCAAAAUAUCGCGCAAUAAUGGGACCAUUUCAAUGGCCUGUUUGGGUUUGUAUUGUCAUCAUUUAUUUGGGCGCAAUAUUUCCGAUUGUCUACAGUGACCGAUUAACUUUGCGCCAUUUGAUUGGAAAUUGGGGUGAAAUGGAGAACAUGUUUUGGUAUGUCUUUGGAAUGUUUACGAACAGCUUGACUUUCUCCGGCAAAUAUUCGUGGGCUAAUACGCAGAAGACAUCAACACGAGUUCUCAUAGGCUCUUAUUGGUUAUUUACGAUUAUAAUAACUGCCUGUUAUACUGGCUCUAUUAUUGCAUUUGUUACACUGCCAGCCUUUCCGAAUACCGUUGAUUCGGUGAAUGAUUUAUUGGGUCUCUUUUUCCGCGUAGGAACUUUGGACAAUAGCGGUUGGGAGACUUGGUUUCAAAACUCCACGCACGUACAAACAGCGAAGCUGUAUAGGAAAAUGGAGUUCGUUUCAACUUUGGAAGAGGGUAUUGGCAAUGUUACACAAAGCUUCUUCUGGAAUUACGCUUUUCUAGGUUCAGCGGCACAGCUGGAAUUCAUGGUGCAAAAAAAUUUCACCGAUGAGAACAUAUCGCGUCGUUCAGCGCUUCACCUCAGCGAGGAAUGCUUCGCGUUAUUUCAAGUCGGUUUUCUCUAUCCGCGCGACUCCGUUUAUAAGCGCAAAAUUGAUUCAAUGAUCUUAUUGGCACAGCAAAGUGGCCUAAUGAGCAAAAUACUCAACGAAGUCCGUUGGUCUAUGCAACGUUCCGCCAGUGGAAAACUGCUGCAAGCGAGCUCGUCAAAUGCAUUGCGCGAGCGCAUACAAGAAGAGCGACAAUUGACCACCGCCGAUACCGAGGGAAUGUUUCUACUAAUGGGUAUAGGUUAUCUAUUAGGUGCGGUGGCGCUCAUUUCCGAAAUUGUGGGCGGCAUAACAAAUAAGUGUCGUCAAAUCAUACGACGUUCACGUAAGUCCAUCUCCAGCGCAUGGUCAUCGAGACGCACCUCUGUGGAUGAUGAAAAUGCGCUGCAUCGCACUGCAGCCGAACAAGUGGCGCACGAAUACCGCAAGGCAGCGAGACGCAAAGCUGAGAAAGAGUGCGCAGACAGACAAGGCUUUGGCGUGCGUGAGUUUAAUCUGACAAAAAAGACGCUGAAAGAGUUGUACGGCAGCUAUUACAAAAAGGAACCGAGUUAUGUGUUGAAGGAUGGCAAAUUACUGCUCGAAACGGAAGAAAUUUCGGCCAGUUCCGCGGAUUGUAAUUCACGCGAAUCAAGUGGCGACAUACCUGCGGCAUUGAUACUACCACUGCAUAGCAAAAAGCAGGCAAUGAUGGUGGCAGAAGUGGAUGUAGAGCGGGAAAAGAAAAAGGAGCGCGACCUUAUGGCAGCAGCGGCGGAAGAAUCUUUGGCGGCGUUAGACGAAUGCAUGAAAAUGCAGCAUUGUGAGGACAGCAGCGCGAGCAGCGAUGAUGACGCUGAUGUGGCUGAUGAAUACGAGUUGUUUGGCAGCUUUGUAGUACCCGAAGGAUCGCUGGCCGCCAAAUUAAAUGAUCUAAAUCUAUUUAAUGAUGCAGAAGUUGUGCUAAAAAAUUUCGAUGACGAGCAGAAAGUGGAUUGUGGAAACAGUUAA